AUGUUGACAAGAAACAGAAGGAGACAAAUUGCACGCCCACCAUCCCCGGACUCGUCGCCGAGCUCCGCCUCGCAGCUGCCGCCGGACCGAAGUCCAGCGCCGGCAGUUGCAGUCGCGUCGAGCUCCAGCGACGAGUACUACUCCCCGCCGACGUCGCUAACACCUGUACGUCGGCAGGGGAGGCGCCGGCCGCCGAGCAGCUUGGCGUCCUCAGGCCAACCGGCCUCGAACAGGGCUCCCGCUCCCGGUGGUGUAGUGCAGCGCAUGAGAUGGACUCAACGAAUGAAUGAGAACGUCAUGCGCGCCUACUACGGGGCGACAGGGGGAGGAACUAACCUCACCGCGUACCGAUCAAGAACGCUCUCUCUGUUUCAGGCCCUUGAACCGGACUUUGACGUAUCGGCACAGCGAUUAUCGGAUCAGGUGCGGGUCAUCCAACGUAAUCGCAGGUUGGAUGACGCGACGCUUGAUCGAUUGCGUUCUGAGGUGCGGAUUAGCCCUGUCGUCAGUGCCCCGUCACUAACGGUAGUGCCAGUGCCUGGCACGCCGCCUACCAACCUUGAUGGGGAACAUGACGACGGUGCUAUAGCUGUAAGUACCCAGUGCAAUGAUCUUAUAAGGAGUUCUUUGGAGGAUGUGAUUCGAGAAUAUCGGACUUCCCCUCCGGGUCUUAGGCCCCGAGUACCUCGUUUGCCCAUGCAUAAUAAAAAUAAGGCCAUAAUGGGUGUCCUAGAUUCACUGCUCCCAACCUAUUUUGAGAGCAGUGUAGACCUCACCGACACGCACUCGAUCUUGUACUGUGCGGCUCUAACGGCAUGUCGUGUAGCUAAUGUUGCAAUAAGACCGAAUAACAACGCUACACGACCAAAACCAGCCGUUCCAGCUUGGCAGUGCAGGAUCGAGCAGCGUAUUGCGGGAGCGGACACUCAUUGCAAAAUUAAAAUCCUUCAAAGAGGUGAACCAGUUAGUCGCAGCAAUAGGCUCAUUCCGAAGUGGCUCUGCUGGCCGCAUGGCCUGUCUCCUCAGUAUUUAAAGGAUUUGACGGGUCCCAGCGCUGGUGAAGCCGAGCAAAACGGCAAAGCGGAGCGAGAAAACAGGACUCUAUUUGAAGCAGCAAGAACAAUGAUGUAUGCGAAAGGGCUGCCAAAGAAGUUAUGGGCGGAAGCUGUUCAAACAGCAGCAUAUGUAUUAAACAGAACCAGCAAAAGUAACGAGCCAGGAAAGACUCCGUUUGAGACAUGGACCAUGAAGUUUGAAAUGCAAAAUUUGACCAACGCGGAGACUGUCCUCAGGAUAAUUAAGAGCCUAGGGUCUAAUGCGCAAGGUGUUGAUGGUAUUAGUCUGGAUAUGAUAGCGUUAACUUUACCAACUACUCUGAAGGCCAUCACAGAUAUCAUUAACCGUUCCAUAACUACGCGUACAUUCCCUGAACUCUGGAGAUGCGCCAUCGUACGACCUAUACCUAAAAACAGUAAUCCGGCUAGUGCAAAGGACUUGAGACCCAUUAGUAUUCUGCCUUGUCUCUCUAAGAUCCUGGAACGGGUAGUCUACUCUCAGGUAAUUGAUUAUCUUGAGGUCAAUAGAGUUCUUCCUGACCUGCAAUCGGGUUUCAGACAGGGUAGGGGUACUGCAACGGCUUUGGCUGAUGUGGUAGGUAACAUCCUUGAAGCGCGCGAUAGGGGGGAGGGUACAAUUCUAGCACUGCUGGACUUUUCCCGCGCUUUUGACGCAAUUGACACUACGUUGCUGUUGUCCAAGUUAGCCUUUUACGGCUUUGAUAAUAAUGCAGUGGAAUGGUUCAAGAGCUACCUUUCGGGCCGGUCUCAAUAUGUAGAAAUGCAUAAGGAGGACGGGUCGAGGGUGUCAUCCUCCUCCCUCCACGUGUCGAGAGGUGUCCCUCAGGGGUCUAUUCUGGGGCCUUUGCUGUACAUCCUAUACAGUGCUGAUAUCACUAAGUCUUUCGUUAACUGCAAAUACCAUAUGUACGCAGACGAUAUACAACUGUACAUGUCCUUCAAAGCAGAUGAGACUUCUCUAGCUGUGCAGAAAAUUAACGAGGACUUGCACAGAGUGGUUGAACCAAGUGAGUUCAAUUUUGUCAGCGGACCCUGCAUUGGUUGUCAGGGGCGAGAAGAUUGA